AUGGCCAAUGUGUUCUCUCGUAAAAAGCUGACCACUCUUGAUAUAAUUCUUGACGAUGACUUCGAUGGCAUCAUGUAUGGUUUACCUGAAGAAUCACUUGGAUGUAGGCUAAAAGGAAAGGUUGUGUUGAGAAAUUCGAAAGCCUUGUCGGUGAGGUAUCUGGUUUUCAUGUUCCUGGGGAAGAUAUCAGUGGCCUGCGGUCCAGCGAUGUCUGCGUCGCGAGUGGACU